AUGUUCGCCCCCCUCGUGCGCCGCGCCGCCGCCCUGACCGCGCUCCGCUCCCUGUCGCUCUCGGCGGGCGGCGACCUAUCAGCGGCGGCUGCUGACCUGGAGGCAGUCGCGGCGCUGACAGCGCUGACGGCGCUGCGGCUGGGCUGCGCGGCGGAGCAGCGGCCGCUGGACCUGUCACCGCUCGUAGGCAUGCGCGGGCCGGCGCCCGGCGGCCAGCGGGGGGCGCGCGGCGCGGCGCGCGCGCCCGCCACCGUCAGUAGCUGA